AGUCAUUGCUGAGGAAGACAGAGGAACUAGCAGACGCAUAAGAGUGGCUCCUGGUGGGCAGCACGUACUUGAACAAACAGACUCGCCAUCCAUAGACGUGUUCCAGAACUUACAGAAGCGCCCACGAUUGAUCCCAGACGUUCCUGUGAUCUUCGGGAAUGCUACUGUGUUUGUGUGUGUGGUCCCUGAGCGCUGCGGUGGAGAGGCACUGGUGACAUGUAUGUCGUCAAGACAUGUGCAACCUGCACCAUGGACUUGAGACUCCUUUUUGUGACAGCCAUUGUGUUCACAGUUGCUGUUUCCAUGAAGAGGCAAGCUUAUUUCAAUAGGACUGCAUACCUACCAUGCCCAUUUACAAAGGCUCAGAACAUAAGCCUGAGUGAACUAGUAGUAUUUUGGCAGGACCGGAACAAGUUGGUUCUGUAUGAGCACUAUCUGGGCACAGAGAAACCUGAUAACGUGAAUGCCAAGUACCGGGGCCGCACAAGCUUUGACGGGGAAACCUGGGCUCUACGACUUCACAAUGUUCAGAUCAAGGACAUGGGCUCAUAUGAUUGUUUUAUACAACGAAAAACACCCACAGGAUCAAUUAUUCUUCAGCAGACAGAAACAGAGCUCUCAGUGAUCGCCAACUUCAGUAAACCUGAAAUAGAACUGGCUCAGAAUAUAACAAGACAUUCUGGCAUAAAUUUGACCUGCUCAUCUAAACAAGGUUACCCAAAACCUAAGAAGAUGUAUUUUCGGAUAACUAAUUCAACUAAUGAGUAUGGUGACAACAUGCAGAUAUCACAAGACAAUGUCACGGAACUGUUCAGUGUCUCCAUCAGCCUAUCUCGUUCAUUCCCGGAUGGUGUGAACAAUAUGACCAUUGAGUGCAUUCUGGAAACAGAGUCAAUAACUAUCUCCUCCAAACCUUACAAUAUAGCUCCUCCAGGGCACCAACAUCCUCAAAAGAAUCGGAUUGAGAUUGUACUUGCUGUUGUUUUUGUGGUCAUCUUUAUCCUGAUGUUCUUCAUAUUGGCAAAAAAAUAUUACAAGAAGCAGAACCAGGCUAACAGACCCAGGAGAACAACCAGUGCGUUGGAGCCGGAGAGUAGUGCUGGCAAUGAGUCAAUUAACCUGGAGGAAUUUGAAUCCCAAAUUGCAUCAGCAAAACCAAAUGCGGAGUGAAGGCAGUGAGAGAGUGAGGAAAGAGUUAAAAUCUGUGUGCCUGAAAUAAGAAGCCCAGGAUUGUUCACUAUCUGAAAACAUCCUCAGAUGACUGGAACGAUACACUUGAUUAAUUAAAGAACAAAAUCCACAAUAAUGUCCAUAUUUUAUCCUGUUUUCUUUCUAAGUUUUUGGACAACCUCGUUGAUUUCCCAGAAGAUAAGAGAAUACAAUUAUUAGGUUAGAUGAUGCUCUGAGACUCCGUGAAGAUAAAAUAGUCCCCUAUGAUACCAGCUCUGUCCCCUCUCCCAGGAGCAGACACUAACUCUGUCUUGCUUGUUUAGCUCAGUACACACUCAUAGGUCAAGUGCACUGAAAUGGCUUCUUUCUCAGGAAUAACAUUUUGGAUCAAUCUCUCCUGCUUUAGAUCAGAUUCCUCUCUUAAUUUUGCUAGUGUGUUUUUAUAUGGAACUCCUUGUUGUAGGAAUAUUGGCUUUUAUUUGUCAUGUAUACUUGCAUAUACAAGUUUACUUGUAUACUUGUACCUGGACAACUACCUCUUCAGUCAGGAUGGAAGUGGUGUAUCUUAUGAUGUUAUUUGAUGUAUUCGUGUUAAUACCUUAAAAUAGCAGAGUGUGUACUGUAGUAGUACAACUACAAUGAUCUAGAGAAAGACCCAGCACUUAUGAGGGACACUUCCCCCUCCGUCAGGACCAGUAAUGGAUACGAUGACCUAGGUGACAUACAGGUGACAGCUCGGAUUCUCAGUGCUGGGAAAUCGAGAAAUACAGAUAUGGAACCAUCUCUGGAUCCAGGAGCCACUCCUACCUGGGCUGCCACAGAUACUGGGAGAAUCCACCUGCCCAGCAAGUCACAAGUUUUAGCAGGCAGCACUGAAGAAAGCAAGACGUACUAUAUGUCUUAUUUCUCCUUUUGAGAAGACGCUGGGGAUGCUCUGGAGACAGCUGUGCAAGGACCAGCCAAACCCUCAGAACCAGGGAUAGCAAUAGAAUCCAACCAGCAAAUGUUUAUGGAAGGACUGAUCAGCCCAGUCCUUUGAAAAGUCAAGAAGCCAGAGAUAGACUGGUGUGUGUCAAUGGAUGCAGACAUCAGCCACCUCGGUGCUCAACAGCUGUUUUAUGAUCUCUGUCUUUCAAAUUCAUCUGUGAUGUAGAACUAGGGAGAGAGCAGUCACAUUGAUGAAAGGCAGGAAUGAAGGCUAGGACUCUUUCAGCUCAUGACUUGUGUGGAAGGAGGAAAAGCAGAAAUCACAACACUCUGAGACUACCUUAGUCUGUAGAUACCUGAGUGGGUGUGGCUUGGCCCUUCAAAGAAGGACAAAGAGCAACUGAUGCCGAAAGCACAUAGUGUGUCUAUAAGGCAUGGUGUAGUCACCACCCAAACUUAAAGAGAACUUUAGCAGGUCUGAGCACCAAGACGUGGUUCUUUACAUUUAGCAUAAAGGGCCCUGGAGGGCUGUAGACUGUUCUGCUGCCAGGGCUCAUGCUUGUAGUGUUUCCAUGUAUACAUCUUGAUCCAGCAUGUGCAGACACUUAGGAUUUGGCCACUUACUAACAUGUUCUGGACAGAGUGUAUUUCAAUAAAGUUUUCUUGAAAUUUUUCA